CCCCCAGAGUACAUUAAAAUGAGAUUUCCUCUUCCGGAUCCUUUUGCAUCGACCACGCGUGUUGAAUAGAAGCGACUGGCUCACCACUGUUCAAAGGAACCAAUAUUUUCUUUGAUUAAGUCGGCCAGAGUUAACAGAAAUGUCUCACUUUAAAGACACCAAGGCUCCACAAGAGGAGGCUCCCAUUCACAGAAUUCGCAUCACGUUGACCAGCAGGAAUGUUAAAAGUCUGGAAAAGGUGUGUGCUGAUUUGAUCAAAGGAGCUAAGGAGAAGUCCCUGAAGGUGAAAGGACCAGUGCGCAUGCCCACAAAAGUAUUGCGAAUCACCACCAGGAAAACCCCUUGUGGAGAGGGUUCCAAGACAUGGGAUCGAUUCCAAAUGCGCAUCCACAAGCGCCUCAUCGAUUUGCACAGUCCAUCUGAGAUUGUCAAGCAAAUUACAUCCAUCAGCAUCGAACCCGGAGUCGAGGUCGAAGUCACAAUAGCUGAUGCUUGAUCAUAUGUGACCAAGAGAAAAGAAUAAAAAUAGUAAAAUCAAAA